AGGGAAAAACACAAGCUUGUAAGUUGAGGAGUAUGAGUCAUAACCUCUCUUCUGCUACUGAGUCACUUGGGAGUUUUAGAAAUUGCAGUUUAAUGUGAACACGCUGUCUUCAUUAGAGAAAUGUGGUAUGCUGUGACAGUGUGAGCUAGAAUUUGAGAGCAUUACAGUGUGCUGGAACUGAACUUUAAGCUGGGACGAAGGACGGGCUGCGCGGAGGCCUGCGUGGGCUCAGGUGCCUGCUCCCCCCAGCUGGUGAGGUGCAACUGGUUGAAGGCGAACAGUAACCGCAGCACACAACUUCUGAGCCAGCAGCUGCACUAUAAAAAGUGUCCCUGCGCCGCUGCCAAGUGCUACAGCUGCGAGCCCUGUCCAGGCAUGAAAGCCUCCCUUUCAGAUUUGGUCGUGUGUUAGUUUUGUUGGAGGGGGGUGCAGGCUCUUUAUUACUCGGUGAGAGAGCUGGCAGAUGUCCCAAGUGAGAGAACCUCUUCCUCCAGGGCCUGAAGGGCCAGAGCAAGCUCCGACUGAAAACAGCGCUUUGAUCUCACUCCCUCGAGAAAAAUCUGACCAAGAGAAUACUGCUGCAGGAGGUAAAGACAUAAUACAGCCUUCCAAUAACCAAGGUAUACAACCAGAGAUACAGGAGCAGGCUGCCUGGGGAAAUCACACCGAUGGUGACCUCAUCAGAAGAUAUAAUGUUGUGGUCUACAUAGGAAGCUAUACUGUGAAAUCAUCUGAAAACUCAGAAAUCCAUGAUCCUUAUGAGUUUAAGGUCAAAGUGUUGUUAGCUACUUCAACAGUAAUGUUCUUCUCUAACAGCUUGGUCUUGGCGGGCUGUGUGCCCCCUCCCAUUGUCGCACAACCUCAACGUUUGCCUCAGCCGAAUACUUCAGCACUGGAAAGGGGUGAGGAAGAAACUGGCAAAAUACAAAAUGGUCAUGUGGGUCUGAGCAAUGGAAGUGGAAUUCACAACGGGGUCAAGCAUGUAUCGGCAGACAACAAAAAACUUUCAGCUCCUGUUUCAGAAAAAAUGCACAGAAAAAUUCAGUCCACCUUGUCUGUCAACAGCGACAGCAGCAAGAAGAGUAAAAUAAGCUCUGCGUUUUCUCAAAAACCAGGUACUUCACCUGAAGAUUGCUGUGUUCACUGUAUCCUGGCUUGCUUGUUCUGUGAAUUUCUCACCCUCUGUAAUAUUGUUCUGGGACAAGCAUCCUGUGGCAUCUGCACAUCGGAGGCCUGCUGUUGUUGCUGCGGGGAUGAGAUGGGGGAUGACUGUAACUGCCCAUGUGAUAUGGACUGUGGCAUAAUGGACGCCUGUUGUGAAUCUUCAGAUUGUUUGGAGAUCUGCAUGGAAUGCUGUGGGAUUUGCUUCCCAUCAUGAAAUAUUUAUCCCUCUUUAUUUUAUUCUGUUAAAAACUGGAGAGCUUUUCUUUAAAUACAUUUGAAGAAAGACAAGGUAAGAUUCUCACACAACCGACUGGUAUUGCACUGUUAGUUCCUAUAUAUGAAUUUUUUUUUUUAAAAAAAAAGCAUUCCCUGAAACCUGUAUUCUAACACAAGUUGUAUAGUUUUAUAUGUGAAAUUCAAGCUACAUUCCAGCUUCCUUUUGGCUUUGCAAAUGGGAGAAUUUACUGGAACUGAAUUAUAGGCCUGAUACUGCAGGUUAUAACAGGGCAAAAUUGCCAUUUGAGUUUAGUGACAGGUUUUGGUCAGAGAAAAGACUGCAGGGUGAAGCCUUAAGUAUUUGCCUUUACCUACUUUAAUGCUUAAACGCUCGAAUGCCACCAUAUAUAACAUACCCUUAGAGGAGUUCUUAAAAGCAAAAUGUCUUUAUUUCAAUCUCUGUGGGUUGAAAGUAACCUUGUUCUUUAAUUUUAAACUUAAUUAAAAAGUCUGCAGCAGGAAUCUAGUUUGUUUUGCUACAGAGGUCACAUCAGAAAUAUUUCUUUUGUUUUAUAUUUCCCGUAGGUUUGAGAGGGAUUCCUGCUAUUUUCCAUAGUUAAUACUGAUAAUAGGUGAAGAUUUGGAUAAUUAAAGUCAAUCUGAGUUUUGCCACCUAUUACAGUAACAAGAUUUCGUUGAGACAAGACAGACUAGAGAACUUACAUUUUGCUUCAGUAUUACUUGAAAUGUUUGUUUUUAGAAAGACACUUCUGGGAAAUCUGGGUGGACAUAAAAUGUAUCCUUGCGUUUGGACUAACAAACCCUUCAAAAUUUGGCUAGAAAAGGGAAAUUAUCAAAGAUUAACUCAAGACUCUAAAGCUGUGUAUUAGUGGCCCUGUCAAUUUUUGUGGUUUUAUAACCAGUAUCACCUAACUUAAUAUUUUGUUCUUCACUGUGUAAAAAAGAUCCACAGAGGAUGGCAGAAAUGAAACAGGAUAUACCAACCAAAUUAAGUUGACUAAUUAAGGAAUUCUGCCAUCAAAUGCAAAAAGUAAAUGUAAAAAUGUUUAUUCUCAAAUACUUCUUUUAAGUGUUAUUUUAAAAUAACUACUUAAAAAGGUUAUUUUAAAAUAAUGUUUGAUAUCCUUUUAAAAUAGAAGGAAUAUGGUAAUAUGCUGAAAAUACAUGUUUACGUUUCAGUGGGCAUUUUUUUCCCUAUGAUACCAUUACAGAUUUUCUCAGAAAAUAUCUUUUUUGUCGUUGUAAUUGGGAGAUGAAUCUGGUCCAACACAAAAAGAGAUUUAUAGUGUUUCCGGAUUUAGGGAAAAAUGGCACCCAUUUUCUUUACCAUAUGCUAGUUUCUCCCCUCCAUCUCUGUAGCUCAUUAACUUUUCUGUGUAAACCACCUGUAUGUCUUGAUCUCACAGACUUAAACUUUUCUAUCUACACUCUAGAUUUCCUUUAUAGAUUGUUGGAUCUAGUAAAUGUAGGCCUUGUUACAAGAGUCAUUGAUAGCUAAUACUAUAUCCCUGCUAAGUGAAUUGACCGUAAAUGUCUCUUUCCACUGUAGUGAAUUCAGUUUAUAUAAAUGUGACAAACUAAAGAUCACAGGAAUGUGAAGCUAAGUCAACAUAUUGUCUGCUAUUAACCAAAAGCUUCUUCCUAUGAACACUGACUAGUAGUGCAAACUACUGCAAGUUACCACUGAAGGUAAAAUAGCUAUAUCCUCAACUAUGCUAGGGAGCUGGGAGGUGGAACAUUUUGUGUUAGCAUCUGCAAUAUUGUGGUAUACUUUAAUGCAAUGCGGAUUUACUCAGAGGGCGUCUUACCUGUUUUUUGGUAGUUACUACAAGGCAUGAUUCUUAUCAUGUCUUUUUUUUUUUUUUUUCCUACUUACUGGGCCAGAUUCAGAUCUCUCAGUUGCAUAAACUAAGUGCAUUUCCAUUAAUGUCAGAAUUUUCCAUUGGUUAAGCUUGAGAUAGAGAACACAAAGAUAUUAUGGUAAUAGGCACACUAAUAAGGAAUGAUAUAGUUAAACUGAUAAAUUCACUGAGCUCAGAAUCAGGCCCGUGGGGCUCAAUUAUGACUCCUAAAAGUCUGAACCACACUGGGAAGGGGGAAGAGUGCAUUGGUUGAGUGGCAGUGCCUGGAGGCAUUUUGCCUUUGUAAGGCAUAAUGCCUCUGGGGAAAUUGGGGGCAUCAGAGUGAGCACUGGGACUUGACGUACCUUGGAGAAAGUGUAGACAGUGCUUUGCCCAGUGUACGUCUAUGGAUGCCACAGUGGUGGUGAGGACACGCUCUCCGGGGCUGGGCAACCCCAUUAGCUCUCCUUCCUGGUGUCCCUCUUGCCACAGAGAUGACUUUCGGCUGUGUCUUGUUUCAGCUCUGCUUUUGGAGGCCGAGGAAAAGGACUUCCUGUCUCCCGUCCUUCUAGGACAUCUGUGCCUGAGCAGUUCCAGUUCUGUGUUUGGAAAACUGCACAUUCCUAUUUCAAGCUUUUAGUGAAUAGUGGAUGUUAGUAAAGAUUACUUUUAGCACAGGACAAUAUAGUAUAAAAAAAGAAGAUGUCAAUCUAGGAAGUCCUUUUUCUUUGUAAAUGUUUGUCAGUACAGUUUAGCAUACGCAAAGCAUUGUAUCUACUUACAGGAACCCAGAUUUUUUUUGAUUGAACUUAUGAAAACUAGGGAGAUGUAUUUAAUAGUAAACAUUUCUUUCUAGUACUGUUAAACUAAAUACAAGAGCAGCUCUGUUUCUGCAUAUAUACAUACGUACACAGACUCUCGUGCGUGCACACACACACAUGCAUGCACAGACACACACACACAGAGGUAUAUUAUUUCUUUUCCCACUUCAUUUGUGAGAUACUAGGAAGUGAAAAUUCUGUGCUUAUUAACCCUUAUAGUGAUUAGGAGUAUCAAAUUAUUACAGACUUAAUUAAAAAAAUAAAAUGUUAAUUGUGUGAUUUGUUUGACGUUUAACUAUAGUCUGCUACUAUUUGUCAUAGAAAUAUUAGCACUUUUGUAAAAUGUAUUUUCGUAGCAGAGAUUAUUAGUAUAUAGUUUAAGGAGUUCCUUUCUAUGUUUUUAUUCAUAAAUUCUGUGUUGUAAUGUUCACUCUAGCUAAUCUUAUAAGCACCUUGUGUAAUUAAAACAAGCAGAAUUAGAAAGAGACAAAUGUGAAAAUCUAGUUUAAAUAAAAUUAAAAAUGACAACUUGUUUAUUUUAUAAACGUUCUUGUGAACUUGUACAGUGUUUCAGUAUAUAGUUCUGCAAACUGGCCCAUUAAAAAUGGUAACUUGCUAUUUGUAUUUUAUAUUAACUAGAAGUGCUAUUCUCAAACACUAUUUUGAAAUAAAGAUCUUUAUUUUGAAA